AUGGAGCAGCGGGGGUCUCAGCCAGCCAGGGGCGAGCAGACCUGGUGGGGCAGCGCCCCGCAGUACCAGUACAUGCCCUUCGAGCACUGUACCAGCUACGGCCUGCCCUCCGAGAACAGGGGCCAGCAGCACACGCUACGGAGGGCCACCGGCCCCUGCCCCAACACCCACCCCAGGCAGAUCUCCCACCACCACAAAGGACGGUUCUCAGAGAAGGAGCUGGGUGAGGGGAGGCCUCAGUGGACGGGCUCCAGCACCACCGUGGACAGCAAGGACGAGGACCACUACUCCAAGUACCAGAAUUGUUUCCGCUGCCUGGGCGGCCUUGUGAGGAGGAAGCUGGGGGAAGACUGGAUCUUCCUGGUGCUGCUGGGCCUGUUCAUGGCUCUGGUCAGCUGGAGCAUGGACUACGUCAGUGCCAAGAGCCUGCAGGCCUACAAGUGGACCUACUACCAGAUGCAGCCCAGCCUCCCCCUGCAGUUCCUGGCCUGGGUCACCUUCCCGCUGGUCCUCAUCCUCUUCAGUGCUAUCUUCUGCCACCUCAUCUCCCCCCAGGCCGUUGGCUCUGGGAUUCCUGAGAUGAAGACCAUUCUCCGCGGGGUCGUCCUGAAGGAGUACCUGACCGUCAAGGCCUUUGUGGCCAAGGUGGUGGCGCUGACCGCUGGGCUGGGCAGCGGCAUCCCCGUGGGCAAAGAGGGCCCCUUCGUGCACAUUGCCAGCAUCUGUGCCGCUGUCCUCAGCAAGUUCCUGUCCGUGUUCUGCGGGGUGUACGAGCAGCCGUACUAUUACACAGACAUCCUGACGGUCGGCUGUGCGGUAGGAGUCGGCUGUUGUUUUGGGACCCCGCUUGGAGGGGUGCUGUUCAGCAUCGAGGUCACCUCCACCUACUUUGCCGUGCGGAACUACUGGCGAGGGUUCUUCGCGGCCACCUUCAGCGCCUUUGUCUUCCGUGUGCUGGCUGUGUGGAACAAAGACGCUAUCACCAUCACCGCGCUCUUCAGAACCAACUUCCGCAUGGACUUCCCCUUCGACCUGCAGGAGCUCCCGGCCUUUGCUGUCAUCGGGAUCUGCUGCGGGUUCCUGGGAGCCAUGUUCGUGUACCUGCACCGCCAGGUCAUGCUGGGGGUCCGCAAGAACAAGAUCCUGAGCCAGUUUCUGGCCAAGCACCGCCUGCUGUACCCUGGGAUCGUCACCCUUGCCAUCGCCUCGUCCACGUUUCCCCCAGGCAUUGGCCAGUUCAUGGCUGGAGAGCUGAUGCCUCGGGAAGCCAUCAGUACCCUGUUUGACAACAAUACGUGGGUCAAGCACACUGGGGAUCCUGGGAGCCUGGGCCUGUCGGCCGUGUGGAUCCACCCCAAGGUCAACGUGGUCAUCAUCAUCCUCCUCUUCUUCGUCAUGAAGUUCUGGAUGUCCAUCAUGGCCACCACCAUGCCCAUACCCUGCGGAGGCUUCAUGCCUGUGUUUGUGCUGGGAGCUGCCUUCGGAAGGCUGGUGGGGGAGUUGAUGGCCAUGUUGUUCCCUGACGGCAUCUUAUUUGAUGGCAUCAUCUACAAGAUCCUUCCUGGGGGCUAUGCAGUCAUUGGGGCAGCCGCGCUGACGGGUGCCGUGUCCCACACCAUCUCCACGGCUGUGAUCUGCUUCGAACUGACGGGUCAGAUCGCUCACAUCCUGCCCAUGAUGGUGGCUGUUAUCUUAGCCAACAUGGUGGCGCAGAGCCUGCAACCGUCCCUCUAUGACAGCAUCAUCCAGGUCAAGAAGCUGCCCUACCUGCCAGACUUGGGUUGGAACCAGCUCAGCAAAUUUACAAUCUUUGUGGAGGACAUCAUGGUGCGUGAUGUGAAGUUUGUUUCAGCUUCUUGCACUUACGGGGAGUUACAAGCCCUGCUCCAGACAACCACGGUCAAGACUUUACCGUUGGUUGAUUCAAAAGAGUCCAUGAUUCUGCUGGGCUCCGUGGAGCGGUCGGAGCUGCAGGCCCUGUUGCAGCGGCACCUGAGUGCCGAGCGGCGGCUGCGGGCUGCCCAGGACAUGGCCCAGAAGCUGUUGGAGCUGCCCUACGAUGGCAAGGCCGCCCGGGGUGGCCGCCCCGAGUCCUUCGCUUUCGUGGAUGAGGAUGAAGACGAGGACCUGCCUGGGAGGAUGGAGGCAUCGCCUCCUCCUCCUCUCGCCUUCCCUGUGGCCCCACCGUCCCCUGAGGAGCCCAACGGGCCCCUGCCUGGCCACAAGCAGCAACCAGAGGCCCCGGAGCCUGCAGAGAGAAGGUCCUCCAUCUUCUGGUCUCUUCUGGGCUGCCUGCUGGGCCGCGCCCGCCCCACGAAGAAGAAGGACAUCCAGGACUCAGCAGACUUGGUGGAUAACAUGUCCCCUGAAGAGGUGGCGGCCUGGGAGCAGGAACAGCUGGGCCAGCCCGUGUGCUUUGACUGCUGCUGCAUCGACCAGUCCCCGUUCCAGCUGGUGGAGCAGACCACCCUGCACAAGACUCACACGCUCUUCUCACUCCUGGGCCUGCACCUCGCCUACGUGACCAGCAUGGGCAAGCUCAGGGGCGUGCUGGCGUUGGAGGAGCUCCAGAAGGCCAUUGAGGGCCACACCAAGUCUGGGGUGCAGCUCCAGCCCCCUCUUGCCAGCUUCCGGAACACGACCUCAAUUCGAAAGAGUGCUAGGGGGCAGCCCCCUCCUGCAGAGGGCUGGAGCCUGCCUGACAGUGGAUCUGGGGUCCCUGGGGCCAGGGAUCCUGCUCUCCCAGAGUCGCCCAUGCCCUCACCCUCCCCGGAGACCCCUCCUGGCCCAGCCCCGCGGGGUGACGGGGAGCUGGAGGAGCUAGAGCUGGAGGAGGGCCCGGGGCCUGAAGAGGGGCUGGCCGACAUCCUGCAGGGGCCCAGCCUGCGGUCCACGGACAUGGAGGACGAAGAUGAGCUCUCACUCUGACCCCUGAGGGACGGGGCAGGGGCAUUG